AUGCCUCCCCAUACUUCAUCUACCCACAAUCCAAGCCCUUUCUCAGAAACACAUGUAUCUACCAGCUUGCUGUCAAUGUUGGAAGAAGAGAUCUUUGCAAGAUCCCAUGCCGCUUCACAGUCCUCCUCGAAACUAGUGUUCAUCUCGCCACCAAAUAAAGAUACUUCUUUUGUACUUCCCGACCCGGAGUCUCUUACUUCAGCUAACUAUGGUCAGUUUGCCCUGAAAACUACCGCACCAGCAAAUCGAGAGUUUCUUGAACACGAAGCCUGGUUUUGUGGUGCAGUCAUCCAGCUGCAUUUGAUGCCCCGUGGAGAUGGAGACAAAGCUAACAUACUUGAAGAUUAUGCACUCAAUGCUUUGACUUCCUUGAAUCAGCAUAAAAAGAGCCAAUGGAUUCAGCAGUCUGAUCCAAUUGGUGCACAUAUCAUCGAUAAUCGUGGGUCUGCUGCUUUAUACUGA